AUGCGCCUUAAAUACACAGUCCACCAUGCCAGCCAGCUGCUCCUAUGCUCUCUCCUCCCUACGCGCCUCCAUUCCGGCUGGAAAUUCUCGCACUUCCCAGAAACCCCAGACGGCAUAACGUACAGCAUCCGACCAGACAACGAAAACGAGAACCUGGUCGAGCUGCGCGACUGGAUCUUACCAGGCGCAAACCCCUUCAUUGCUGAUCCAGCAAAGCACUACGAGCAACCCGACUCUCCACCAGAUAUCGACAUCCCAUAUGUCAACAACGACUUUGACGACGCGAAUUGGACAUCCGUUACCGUCCCGCACGACUGGGCGAUAGCAGAGGAUUUCGUGAGCGACGAUGAAGUCUCCGGAGAUAUGGGCCGGCUACCAGUUCGCGGAGUUGGAUGGUAUCGGUACAGCGAUCUUUAUUUCCCAGCGUCCGAGCAGAAUGCGAACCAUUCGAUUUUCUUAGACGUUGAGGGGGUCAUGGCGUAUUCCAUGGUCUGGCUUAAUGGCCAUCUAGUCGGAGGCUGGCCGUAUGGGUAUGCGAGUUACCGGCUUGAUCUCACCCCGUAUGUGCGCUAUGGGGAGGAGAAUGUCCUUGCGGUCCGCGCGGAGAAUCCGCAGACAAGACAGUUCUCCCGCUGGUAUCCUGGUGCUGGUAUCUAUCGUGAUGUUUGGAUUACGAAGGUUGCGAAGACGCAUGUGGCGCUGUAUGGGACUGAUAUCAGCACGAGAGAUGUCUCGCGAGACAGAGCUACCGUUGAUCUUGCUGUUACGGUGGAUAACCAGAACAAGUGGGAUGCAGGUGUUAGAGUUGUUACUAACGUCCAUGAAUAUGUCUCUGGAAGGGUUGGGCGCAGAGUUGCGGCAUUCUCUAAUCAGACGCUCCAUCUGAGCCCUGGAAAGUCGUCGUCUAUCAACAGCUCCGUCACUAUCAAGAAUCCCUCGCUCUGGGGCCCUCCACCAACCCAGAAACCGAACAUGUACAUCGCCAUCACUCAACUAUACACCAGGAACCAGCUGCUAGACCAAUACUCGACCCCCUUCGGCAUCCGCAAUCUCGCAUACUCUCCCACACAUGGUCUGAUAGUCAACAACGAGCGAAUCCCCAUCCAAGGCGUAAACCUACACCACGAUCUCGGAGCCCUAGGAGCAGCAUACAACCACCGCGCCGCAACCCGUCAGCUCGAGAUCCUGCGCGAACUGGGCGCAAACGCAAUCCGCACGGCCCACAACCCUCCAGCACCAUCCCUCCUCGCCCUCGCCGACGAAAUGGGCUUCCUAGUCCUCGACGAGAUCUUCGACGUAUGGGAAGCCGCAAAAGUCGACUCAGACUUCAGCCUCAUCUUCACCGACUGGGCCGAGGCAGACCUGCGCUCAUUCAUAAGACGAGACCGCAAUCACCCCUCCAUCGUCAUCUGGAGCGUCGGCAACGAAGUCCCCGAACAAGUCGACAACCAAACAUCAGCCGGCAAGAUCAUGGCCUCUCUCCGCUCCAUCACCCACCAGGAAGACGCAUCCAGCACCCCGCCUCGCCCGGUAACAGCCUCCCUCAACCGCCCCGUCUCAAACAGCACCAUGGCGGGCAACAUGGACGCCAUCAGCCUAAACUACCAAGGCGAAGGCGUCCGCUGGGGUCCCGCAUACACCCAUCUCACCGGUGGAAGCCGCACUUCGCCACAAUACGACACUUUCCACGCUGCCCAUCCUUACGCAGCACCAAUCCUAGGCUCCGAAGUUGCCUGGUCCCUCAGCACCCGCGGGUCCUUCUUCUUCCCUGUCUCGCCAUACAUCUCCGCACCGGUAAACGACACAAACGGCGGCGGGAACUCCUCCAUAUACGAAGUGAGCGCGUACGAGGUCUACUCCUCAGACGCAGGAUCCACGCCAGACCGCGUCUUUCUAACGCAGGAUACGCACCCCUUUGUUGCGGGCGGUUUCGUGUGGGCUGGGUUUGAUUAUCUGGGCGAGCCGUAUCCGUAUGAUGCGCGGAGUGCAUAUUCCGGGAUCCUGGAUCUGGCGGGGUUUAAGAAGGAGAGGUUUUGGGUUUAUCAGGCCAGGUGGAGAGAAGAUCUCGCUAUGGCGAAGAUUGUCCCGCAUUGGAAUUGGCCUGACAGGGUUGGGGAGAUUACCCCUGUUCAUGUGUUUUCGAGUGGGGAUGAGGCGGUUUUAUACAUUAACGGAGCUCAGCAGGGACCGAAGAAGAGGAAGGGGGAGGGUGAGUAUCGCUUUCGGUGGGAUGAGGUUGUGUAUCAGCCCGGGGAGGUCCGGGUUGUUGUGUACAAGGAGGGGAAGGUUUGGGCUGAGGAUGUAGUUGCUACGACGGGCGAGCCGGCUGCGUUGAGGCUUUCGGUUGAUCGGAGUGUUAUUGCUGCUGAUGGGGAGGAUUUGGCGUUUGUGACGGUGGAAGUCGUAGACAGUGAUGGGAAUGUGGUCCCUACGGCGGAUGAUGAGGUGCACUUUAGUAUUGCCAACAGCAGUGGUGCUGGGGUUGUUGUUGCUACGGAUAAUGGGUUUCCGGCGGACUUCACCAGUUUUGCUUCUAGCAGCAGGAAGGUAUUCCAUGGGUUAGCCCUUGGGGUUGUACGGGCUGAAGAAGGGGUUUCUGGGGAUUUCGUUGUUGAGGUAAGCAGUGAUGGGCUUAGGGCUGCGGAGAUUACCAUCACAGCACGUUGA